ACAAUCUUGUAGUGGUCUCAUGUCGUUGGUAAUGAUACAGUAAGAAUAAGCUUUAGAAUUGAAGGUGGCUGUCUCCUGUGCCAUGUAGUCUGGUAGAAAUUGACCCAGUGGUGCAAGCAGUAAGCAUCUCUGAAAUGAGCAAUCUCUACAAGACUCUGUAUUCAACUUCCAUAAGACAUCUUGUCAGUGUGAGAACCAGAAAUCUUGGAAAUUGCUAAUAUGGAGGUACACUUCCCAUUAAUUUUUUAAGUCUAAAAUGCCUUCAGUUAAAUUAUUAUUGUUAAAAAUUACAAUAAAAUAUGAUGGGAGAUUGUGGUUGGGAUAGGGGCCAGUGGUUGAAUCUUGUUAACAUAGUAAUGAACCUUUAGUUCCAUCAAAGACGGGGAAUUUCGUGACAAGCUGCGAGACUGCCAGCUUCUCAAGGAGGCCUAAUGCCGUGGAGUUCAUUUCACUGCAUUGGGGGUUUUUGAGAUGUGAGCUGUCUUUUCGAUUUCCCCGUUGCCCUUCUGCAACGCCGCAUUACAAAGUCGGAUGUGUCGUCACACUACGUCAUAUGUGUAUAAAAAGUUUGAACUUCCGCUUUAUCCGGAAGUGUGUUAUUCAAGACUCCGAAAUCAAAUGUGUGGAUCUAUUAUGAAUGGGAAAUGCUAUAUUUUUCAUUGUAGUUGUGUCUGUAAUUCAUAUUAGUUCAUCAUUAUUGUUAAGUUUUGAUGUAUUGAGCGGUUCGUUGGUAAACUGGCUUGCAAUGACCUAUGUGGUAUUUCCUGUCAGAGAGAGAGAGAGAGACAGAGGCUUCAACAGAGCACAUUAUUAAAUAAGUAACAUGGAAGACGAAGCUGGUGGUAUUCUUUUUAGUAGUAAUGUAAAUAAUGUCUCCCAUCAGUUCAGUAUUUCUUCAGUAUCGUCACCACAAGUUUUAUCAGACGAUGAACGAUCAAAGAUCGACCCUGUUACUGCUGCUAAUGAUUUAUUGGAAAACGGGAUUUUGGUCGAAACGAAUAAAGGGCUUAUUUGUUUAUCUCUAAAAGAUGCCCUCAUUUCGGGUGUUGGAGGUUUAAAUCUUUCUGUUGAAGAUUUUCAAAACGUUGCAGCCCAGCUUCUUACCCAGCAGAAUGUGGAGAAAACUGCAAAUGAUGAAUUGGCACUUCCACUUACACUGGGGGAUGUGAUGCUCAGUGUCCUACCGGAUGCUUCACAAGCCAGUGGCAGUAGUGGAAACCUGGAAAUUGUGGAUAAUUUAUCAUCUCUUGAAGUACAGAUUGAAUUGUCUCAGGAUCCAUUGAAGGCUGAAGAAAAAGAACAACAGAGAAUAAAUGGAGAAAAAACUUCAAUAAGGAGAGAAGAGACUGAGCCUCGUGUGGCUGUUACGUCAUCUGGCACUUUAGUUCCAGAACCACCACCUGGCAGGGUCCAAGCUUCUGUUGUUGUGUCUAGUCAGACAUGUUUCAGUUUUAACACGUUACAGCAGCAGAAAAAGCGUGGCGGAUGGCCGAAAGGCAGGAAACGUAAACCCGAGCUGUCGGAGAUGCGCCCUCCCAAGGCUCCGGCCACGGGUUACGUCCUGUACCUCAAUGAGAAGAGGAAGCAGUACAAAGAUCUGCCUUUUCCAGAGGUAACUAAAUUAUUAGGUAAUGAAUGGAGCAAACUAAGUCUAGAGGAGAAGCGCAUCUAUUUAGACCGUGCAGAAGUGGAGAAGAGACGUUACCGGGAGGAGCUCAAGGCAUAUCGUCAGUCUGAUGCGUACCAGUCGUAUCUGAAUAAAAAGCGCACAAAAAAUCUGCAGGGAAAUGGAACUGAGGAGUCCGACAUGGACGCCACUGAUGAGAUAGAAGAUGAAGAUAAUGAGGAGUUAUACUGUCGAACAUGUGAUCAGUGGUUCAGUUCACUUCACAAUAAGAAGGAACAUUUGUAUGGAAGGCAGCACCUCCAGUCCAUAGCAGGAGACUUCACUAAAGAACGUCUAGCAGCAGAGCAAGACGGAGUCCUGUCGGGCACAAGUUCACAUUCCGUACCAACUUCACUGGACGAAUCGAGUCUGGACGGAGCACCGAUGGGCCGCGGAAGUAGUAAGGGAUCGGGCAGAAACAGACAGCAGGACAGCUGCUGUGGUGCAGGACCGUCUAACGUGACGGAUGCUAUUGUAAAGUUCAUGGAAACAACAACAGAGCGUGAACAUGAGAUUAAGAUACUGCGUCGGAGAUUGAAAGACGUGCAAAGAAGCAAUGCGGACCUAUUGAAAGAAUUGGAUGAACUCAGGGAACGAGAGACAAGACUGCAGGAAGAUAUGGAAUCUGAGAGGGAAGCAGAGACUCUUAUACAGCAGCAACUUUAUAAUUUGUUUCUGGUACCGACUACUUUCUAUAUAACCCCAGAAGUGGAGCAGGAUUCUGCUGAAACAGUACCAGUUUUCAUAUGCCUUCCAGACGGAUCAUAGUAGAGUGAAGACGUUGAAUAUGAAACGUAUUUGCACUAUAUAUAUUUUUUUUUUUUAGUUAUUAUUUCUAUCAGGAAUAAUACGCAGAAAGUUUUCACAAGAACCUCAGAGGAUUGAAUGAAAUACAGUGAAACCUCGAUGCAUCGUUUUUGGCGGGGGUGGGAAAUAAAAACGAUGCAUCCGGGAAAACGAUGGAUAGAGGUUUCACUGUAACUACAAUCUAGAUGUAAGCGUAAGUAGCGUCUGCUGAGUCUGAACUGUUUGUAUGGUGCUGUUUAGUUCGUUAAGUAAUGUUCUCGAAUGAUAUCGUACAUGCAUGCAAUAGCAAAUGUAAGUUAAAUUAUUAGUGGGAGGAAGAGUGGGAGUGGACCGAAUUUAAUUUCUUUUCGAGCGCAUGAAAAGAUCGCUCAGUGGUUCUGACUCUUAACAAGUUAUUUUGAAUUUAUGUGGAAUGUGUUUUCGCAGAGGAGAGUGCUGUUUUCUGUAAAGCUGCGUAGCUUAAAGUUCAAAGUGUAGUUUGAAUGGACGUGGUUCGGGCCUUACUCCACCUUUAAUUUCUCUUCUGUGCUCGUUCAGUGAUGAUGCUUAAUUGCUCCUUUUUGUAAACACAAUUACGCGGACGGAUGUUUUUCCUCCUAGUCACCAUGUGGAUGGAGCAUGAAUCUGCCCUCUAGUGCCAAGAUUAAUUCACGGAGGUUUGUCUCCAUGCCUCCAUACAUCAUCAGGACCUUGUGCUUGGAUACAGGGAUAAAUUUAUAAUUACUUUUUAUCCUCCUAAGUAAGAAAGGAAUGCUGGGCAGAAAUGCCUGCACAUUUUUGGGCACAUUAGGAACCAGAAUGAAAGAGGCAUUUUGGAAUAUUGUUAACCUUUCUUGACAGUGUUUCAUGGCUUCCACACAGUUUAGACGACUGUGCUUCACGCUGGAUUUGAGUCCAGUUGACGGCCUGUAGUACGGGGAGUUUAAUACCCCUAUUAAUGGGAAGCAUAUGUGAAUUUGAUUUUACAUUCCUCAGAUAUUCCAAGAUGUUAAGGGCUCAAGUGGUUAUUUUACAGUUAGUUUUAUAGUUUUGAUGCUUUGAAGGUGGUAGGAUUACCAGAGCAACAUGUACAUGUUUAUGUUAAGUAUAGAACUUUUGUUGUCACAUCUGUUUCAUAUUGCAACGUACAACUAUUUAACCCUUAUCCCCAAAUAAUAUUAUACCUGCCCUUCAGCACAGAUCUCAGUUUUAAUAGUAAAUAGCCUUCAUUUUUCUCUGUGGCUAAGUUGAACAAGAAAAUGUCUUUACACAUAAUACACCAUAUUGCUAACAGAUGGUAGGAACGGCUUCUGCAGCUAUGCAGUUGUCAGGUAUGAUAAUUUAGGGGCGAAAUAUUGAAGGCACUUCCAUCUCAGCUCUGACAAACAAUUUAAAAAAUGAAUUUGAUCUGUCAGGGCUCUUAAUACAAUUAAAGUGAAAACAGUUUUGAUUUUUCAGUUAAUACCUGCAUAGAUCCCCUUUUCUCCCAUCUUACAGUGAUGAUGAUUCUCUGAAAAGAGGUGCUAUGGCUUAUUUGGGACCUAACGAUGCAAAAUUCUUCAUUUUAUAAUGUCGGACUGUGGUUGUAUUGAUCGAAUUGUUAUAUUGUAACUACGUAUGUGUUUGAAAAUAAGAAUAAAAUUGUGCCUUACAGAUUUUAACAUCUGUUCAUUUUGAUGAUAAUAUUUAUGAUACUCCGAGUGAGAACUUAAAUUCUCGUGGUGGUAAAGAUAUUGAUGUUGGUCUCUGGGUAUGUAACACGGUGUGGACUUGUAGAUACGUACCAGUGUUUUAGCAUCUUUGGUGCUGACCAACACCUUUUUGAUAUUGUUUGUAACUGAUUAGUUUCAUUAAAGUUUCUUAAGGGAUCGCAGGGUUUAAAGGGAAUAAAUGUAAGUAUGUUAGCUUCUAAAGCUUUCCCCUUUGAAAGCAAUUAUAUUUCUAGCUUAAAGGAGUGAGCGCUUCCAAGCUCUAACUUUUAAUGAAAUUGUUACGUACACAUUUCCUGGUCAUCCAUUAUCUUAAAUACUUUCUUUCUGUAUAUUUUCUAGCAAUUUAGUUUUUUACAUAACUCUGUUUGUCUGUAAUUUAUUUUCCUGAGGUAUGCUGUAAUUUAUCCAGUCAUCAUACAUUUAAGUCUGAAGAAUGCUCGUUUACAACACGCAGUCGGCUGCAUGAAGCAGUAAACUGUGCACCAUAUUGAUCUGGGAAGACUUUGUUUCCAGUAGAAAGAAGCUUGUAGUCUGGCCUUUAAGAAAAAGAACACACUGGCCUAUGAUAGCGUGCACUGUGUCUUUAAUAUCCUUAUUUUAUUAACUUGUGUAGCGUGUAACAAGAUGUAACGUAAAAAGUUUCCAGGGUGCAUUCCUUAUUGUCAGUUUACUUUUAGGUCACAUAUGAGAGACAUUGAUUUUUUCUCAAUUUGUAGUUUAUCAAAAUGCAGUUAUUUUGAUAUUGGAAAACUGGGAAUUUUCAUCUGAUUAUGAAGUAAUAAAGAUAAGAACAAGUUUGUAAAUAUGAUCAAAUAUGAAUAUCGUCUUGUAGUAUCUGUUGUAAAAAAAUAUAUGUACAGCGUUUUGUAAGCGAAA